UUAAAUACGUCUUUCUUCCAUUAGUGAUCUCGAAAUGUGACGACAAAAGCAUGCAGGUGUUGGGCGUGGCUUUGAGAUCCUCUUCUUCUCUUCCCACCAGCCGUCUCCAUGCAAAUCCGAAAUAUUAUCGCUCUAAAACUUCUUGCAGUUUAAGAAACCAAACCAGAACAAGUCUCAGCCACCCAGCCAUCUUUCUCUCACUGUUCGGCUCUGGUUUCUUUCUGGGUCCUGUUAUUGAUGGGCUUCAUUCCCGGGUGAAUCUUGUGGUUUAUGACAAUGGGUCAAUCAAUAUCGGACCUCUCCAUACAAACAUCUGGGUUCCGUCCCUGCUUGGUUUGUUUUACUGCACUGUUGGUUUGCUCCAACUCUACUUGGAUGACAAGCCAGCCUCUUCAAAGGUUCCAGAGGGAAGUCUGGAAAAAGCAGCUGCUUCGCUACUAGCUCUGGUGGUAUUUAUUGAAUUGAGUGCUGAACUGUAUAAGGCUGGAGUAGCAGACAACGUAGAAGCCUACAUAUUAUUUGCAGUGGCGGAGUUUAUAUGGUUUUCCCUGGACAGGACAUGGCUCGGCUUCACCCUUGCAUCUGUUGUAGGUCUCGCCUGCCCACUGGCUGAGAUUCCUCUAAUGAAGCUAUUUCAUCUUUGGUAUUACCCACAAGCAAAUAUAGAUAUCCUUGGCCAGGGAUUGGUUACUUGGACAGUUACCUGUUAUUUUGUUUACACGCCAUUCCUCAUUAACUUAUCUCGUUGGCUCAGAUCAGUAAUAGCUGCUACUAAUUCGGAGGACAAGUCUGCGUAGGCAAAUAUUUGAAUUUCUCUCUUGCAGCAACCAGAGUUUCAAACAUCCGAGUGGCGAGGGAUAGCCUUUGAAGUACUUGAGUAAAAUGAAUCGAACCAAGUUGAAUUCAAACGUUUCAUAUUAUAUGGUCUUUAGUGAAUAUGAUACUCUAUAAAACCGUUUUGUCAUGUGAAUUGUUUCUCAAGUCCAAUAUAGACUAAGCUAAUUUCAUAAAAUGGGAAGAA